AUGGCCGAUCAACAGCGGUUUUUCGGCGAAACCUUUGACAAUGUCUCUCUCAGAUCAACUUUCGGGGGCAAGCAUGAGUCGGAACGGAUGAAGUUGCUUCGCGGCAAGAUUCAACAGGUACGGCAGCAUUGGGCCACAAAGGAGACGUAUGAAGAACUCACUCGGAUCGUGGGGGAAUAUUGUAAGCUGGGAAACCGACCCAAGCAGGUGAGAAGUGUCGUGUCUCGUCUGUUGUCGGGAUUUCAUGAUUUUGUCGACAUGGAUCGCGGGCCGAACCACCUGUCAAAUGCGGCGGCUCAGGAACAAUACGAUGCGCUGGAACUCUAUUGCUCAGCACAAGGCUAUACCUAUUUAUUCGGAGUCAUGGCGACGGCGCUUCGAGCAAGCGACCCUCAUGAUGAUCUGCUAUUGACCGCCACGGCAUUGACCGAGUAUUUGACCAUUGACCUCUACAAUCUGAGGCUGUCCCAGAUCGGUGAUCCUCAAUACGCCAAUUUCCAAGGGGUCACAUACCGUGGCCUUCGGAUCCCUCAGGCAAUGCUGGAGGAAUAUGAACAGAUCAUGGCAAGACCAAACUUGGCUGAGCGCAACUUUGCGGUGCCUUUGGCCUUGUUGUCCAGUUCGACAGACGAAAGGAUCAUGCAGACGUUUGCUGCACCAACGGCAAAGGAGUCACAGCUCGUCCGAAUGCACUGGACCAUUCACAUCCACGGCCUGGAUCCUGAUCUACUCAGAGCAUACCGACGUCGAUAUCCAAACAGUGUGGUCACAUCAAUAUGCGCAAUGCCCGUUGGCCGCAUCUCUCCCAUUGGUGAGAAGGAGGUAUUACUGAGAGGCGCCUUCUUCCAGCUCAUCGCCAUCGAAUCCGAGACUCACAAUGAUAUUCAGAUCGUCAAUCUUGUGGUUGCUAUGAUCAAUGCGAACAGAGAUCAUGGGAGUGAGCACGCUUCCGAUGAGGGCGAAAAACAGAGCCAGCGAGCAGCUUUCAACCGCAUCGUGGCUGCAUCCAAAUUCGAGGUGUGCUCCCGGUUAUCAGAGCAAUAUUCCGAGUCAGAUGCGAAAGAGUACAAGGAGUUACAGAGGCAAAGACUGGUCGAGGUUCGGAAAGAAGAUGACAUCAACGUGUCUCUGAAUGCCGACCUGGCCGAUGCAAGAUCUUCGAAGGUAGCCGUCUGGGUCGGAGGUGCUCUUGUCGACAGUUAUCCACGACACUAUGCAUCUCUUCGCCGGAAAUGGCAACAUGCUCUGCACAAAGGUCGCUGGAAAGAUGCACAAGAGAUCCUGGCAAGAGAGUAUGAUUGGAAGCGUCGUGAGUGGUUCAAUGUUGGGAAAUUGCAUGUCAAAAAUGAAGAUGUUGUUGGGGAGAACUUGAGCCUGCUGCAUGAGCUUGUCAACCAAACAGAUCUACAUGAAGGGAAACUUGCCUACUGGGACGAAUUGAUGCAUGAAGCAGAAAAGCCUGAUGUCUGGAGUGAGUUCAAAUCAAACAAUCUCGGCUUUCUGCGGUAUGGUGAUGACAAUGUUUUGACUGGACUGACACAACACCAAGAGUCUCUGCGAUCAUUCGACGCCGCUGCAAAGACUGCCGAAGAAAUGGCCCGUGACAACGGGCUCUUCGAAAUUGCUGAUCGUCUUCGGCCCAAGUUUGUCCACGAGUUCGUCCCUCAUGUGCUGGCGAAGCUUGAGACCCAAUUGCAUCAAACCAUGAAAGAAAAAGCAGGAGAUCUGGUGAGUUUCACAACAGUCGGCGUACAUAUUCACCACAACUGGCAAGCUCGGAUUAGCUGA